CACGCGCAGCUGUCCUGUUCCCGUGACGCUCCGGGGCGCGGCAGAUUCGUAAAUAAUGGCUGGUUCCUGUUCUCUGGGAAAGUCUUCUACGGCAUGUGCGCGUAACGGCAUGGGCAAGCGGAGCGAGUCCUCGCUGCUGGAUAAGCGGCUGUCGGAAGACUCGAGCCGCUAUCGGCAGCUGCAGAAGUGGGCGAGUAUGUCGAGCGUAGACAGGUCGGAGCCAGAGCCGGAAUGGCGGGAGGAGAAGACGGACGCGGCGGAGAACCCGCUGGUGUUCCUGUGUACACGCUGUCGCCGGCCGCUGGGCGACUCGCUCACCUGGGUGGCCAACCAGGACGACACCAACUGCAUCCUGUUGCGCAGCGUCUCCUCUAACGUCUCUGUGGAUAAGGAACAGAAGCUGUCCAAGUACAAAGAUGAGGAUGGUUGCAUCCUUGAGGCGCUGCACUGUACGGGCUGCUCCCUCAGCCUUGGCCAUGUGUACAGAUGCACUCCCAGGAACCUGGAUUACAAGAGGGACUUGUUCUGCCUCAGCGUUGAAGCCAUUGAAAGUUAUACUUUAGGGUCCUCCCAAAAGCAAAUCGUGUCAGAAGACAAGGAGCUUUUCAAUCUUGAAAGCAGAGUUGAAAUAGAGAAGUCUAUAAAGCAGAUGGAAGAUGUUCUGACAGCCCUGCAAACGAAGCUAUGGGAGGUUGAAUCGAAACUGUCCUUGGCCGGCCAAUACAGCUGAGCUGUGUCCUAUACGCCCCCAUGCUCCACCCUUGUUCCUAACACACUGUUUCUCUGCCUUUAAUUUAGGAUGAGGUACUGUUUCCAUGUUUGAAUUAGAAAGCCAGUUUAUGAUGCAUGGCAAAAUGGGAUUUGGAGGCUUUAAUUUUAAUAAAAAAAACUGGGGUGAU